UGGUCUUUCUAGGAUGAAUCAAAAUUAUAUAUCUUCCUUGAACUAGUGACACAAGGCUCCCUAUUAAAUCUCUAUCAGAGGUAUAAUCUUAAAGAUUCUCAAGUCUCUUUCUAUACAAGACAGAUUCUGCAGGGACUGAAGUAUCUUCAUGGCACAGAUGUGGUUCACAGGUAAAAUGUCUACGGAUAUUAAAUGUGCAAAUAUAUUGGUGGAUGCAUAUGGAUCUGUGAAACUUGCAGAUUUUGGAUUGGCAAAGGUCACUAAAUUGAAUGAUGUCAAAUCUUGCAAAGGCACUGCAUUUUGGAUGGCCCCUGAGGUUGUAAAUCUGAAGAACCAAGGCUAUGGUCCUCCUGCUGAUAUAUGGAGCCUUGGUUGCACUGUGUUGGAGAUGUUAACCCGUAAGAUUCCGUACUCACCUCUGGAAUGGAUGCAGGCAUUGUUUAGAAUUGGGAAGGGUGAACCACCAACUGUUCCUGACUCUUUUCAACAAAGCGAAAUCGGGUCUAGAGAUUUUAAAACCCAACAAAUACGGGACCACCCUUAUUUCCCAAACUUGAACUCCCGCUCUCCCGAGUUCGUUCCGUCCUUAACUAGUCAUCACCACCGCACCCAAGUUUUAGUUGAGCUUAACUCAACAAGAACACUAAGAAAGAAGCAACGCCCCCUUAAAUAUCGCCUUCUUCCCCUCCCCAACACCUACCUUCCAUCUCCUGAAUGUCGAACAUAAUUCUUUUUGAGGAUAUCUUUGUGGUUGAUCAACUCGAUCCGAGUGUCAAAAAGUUUGAUAAAGGUAAAAUCUUUUGCUACUUUUUUUUUUUUAAUAAAGUCAAUUAGCUCAC